CGACCGUCACCUGGCCGCGCGGGCCCUGCCGCCGUUCGGGCCGCCGAACGCGGGGCUGAACGGGGGCGGCCCGGCGGCAGGUGGCAGCCCCGCUCCUCCCGCGCCGCCCUUUCCGGGAGGCGGCGGGGCCGCGCCCGGGCCGCCGGGCAGGUGAAGGAGGCGGCGGCAGCGGCGCUGCCCCUCACUGAGGUGACAGGAGGGGCCGCUAUGAGGCUGCUCUUGCUGGCGUGCCUCCGAGCGCAGACCGGCAACGCCACCACCGCCGCCAGGAUACAGGAUCAUCUAAGUGCUGCAGGUCAUAUCUGUGUUCUUAAAGAUGCUUUCAUGUAUGAAAGUCCGACUGAAAUAGCAAAUCUAACCUCCACAGACAAGUUUGAUGCAGCCCUGGCCAUUCAUCUUUAUAAAGCAGGCAGACUUCUGCAAGGUAGCAGAAUUCCUUUUGGAAUCAUCUUUGGUGGGACAGAUGUAAAUGAAGAUAUCAAAUGUGAAGAGAAACAUCGAGUAAUGGGAGCAGUGCUAGAAGAAGCCAGGUUUGCAGUAGCUUUCACGAUGAAAAUGAAGGAACUGGCAGCGGCAGAGUGGCCAGAUGCUAGGAAGAAAAUAUAUGUACAAACUCAAGGAAUUAAGACUACACCCAGUGAAACAUUUGACUGGUACAGAUUUCUACAAAAUGCAGACAUUCCUACAGAUACAGGCAGUUUACACAUGUUUCUUUUGAUAUGCGGACUUCGAAGAGUCAAAGAUCCUCUGUAUUUAGUAGAUGUAUUUUCAGAUUGGCACAGAAAGGACCCCAGUGUCCAUCUGGGUAUAAUUGGACCUGCAGUUGAUCCACUUUUUGCAAGUGAAAUUAAAGAAAAAGUUAAAAGGGCACCUGGAGUACAUUUAUUACGGGAGAUGCCACAAGAUGAUCUUCAUGCUGCUAUGAAAAGGUGCUUUGCUGUGGUGAAUAGCUCCAUUUCAGAGGGGAUGUCUGCUGCAAUUCUGGAGGCAAUGGAUUUAGAUAUUCCAGUGCUGGCAAGGAACAUUCCUGGGAAUGCAGCAAUAAUAAAACAUAAGGAAACAGGACUGCUAUUUUCAGAUCCCCAGGAGUUUGUUGUGCUGUCCAAGAGUUUGAUGAAUGACCCCAUUAUGGAAAGAGAAAUUGUAACAAUGGCCAAAGACUACGUGAAGAACCAUCAUUCAUGGGAAAGUGAAAGAAAAGCCUAUCAGGAUCUUGUCCUAAGACUCCAGUGAAUUGCAACACUACGGUUGAUACCCAGCAGUCUGUGUAGAGCACCUUAAUGAUGGAUAUGUAAUUAGAUUUGGGUUUCUCUUGGUUUCUUUUUAGAAGAGAUAGUAAGACACAUGUUAUUAUUCUAUUCAAACACACCAAUAUCACAGGACUUGGCUGCUACUUCAAACUGUCAAAUUUAUCUAAUUCACUACACUGUCUCUAGUGUACCAAUUCAUCUCAGGCCGGUAUCAUUUUGUAGGAUCACAUAGGAGAAAAAUACUCCUUGAGCAGACACAAAAUUUUUGUUGUUGUAAGGCCUCAAGGGGAGGAUGAUUUCUUGUACACAGUGGAGCAAUUCACCACAUAGAGCUUACAUCAAAUGAUCAUGUUGCAUCCUCACCAAACUACAGUAGCGGUUUUCUUUCCAAUUAUACCAAUCUGAAUGUAUUCCGGUCCAUGUGACACACAGGUAUAUGUUCAUAAAGCCAAGAUUAAUUACGUAAACAGAGGAUAACAUUAUUAAGUUGAAAGCUUUCUAAAGACUGAAAGAUCAAUGUAUCUGUUGACUGCAUAAUGAUCGGGGGCCAAAAAGCAAACGCAGUGUUGGUACUUGGGGAACGUGAGGAGUAUAGGGCAUGUUUUGUAUUGCCCUUGAGGUACCAGAAUUGCUUUCUGAUCAGCUGAUAUGGCUGAACUGUCCUAUGCCAGCUUUUUCUAUUGGGUCCUGGGACUAGAGCAGGAAGGUUGGCACAGCACCUGGCAGCCGUACGUGGCUUCACGUUCCAGAGCUGCAGGGUGCUGCCCGCAGCGGCAAGACGUGCUUGCAGACAGAGACGCUUUGUUACAUAAACUACCUCUUCGUUUGCCACUUUCUUUGGUACCUCUGUGAUUUACUUAUUUACUAAAAGAUUUAUGAGAGCUGUAAAAAGGGAUUCGGGGGGGGGGAGGUAUUUUCAAUUUACUAUGUAUUUUGGUACUAUUCAUUCUCGUUUGUGGCUUUCAGGAUAUAUUGUAAUAUACGGCAGGAGGGUAUUUUGAAGUGAGACUUAUGUGUGCUUGAAGUCCAUACUAAUAAUUCCUGCCAGCCCAGUGAUUAUGAACAUAUCUUUGAAUCAAUAAUUGGUCAUCAAAGGCCUUACAUUUAUAGAAGAAAAAAAAGGUCAUAUUUUUAACUACUUGUUAUUAGGAAAAUCUGUUUGCUUUGUAUAGGCUUGAUCCUGCCCCAGUGAGAACCAGUGAGAUGGUUUCUAUUGAUUGGAAUGGCUGUUGUGUUAGACUUUUCUGUGUAAUAAUGAAGUUCACUGUGUAUUUUAAGCUUCCCUCUUUAUUUUUGAUGUUUUGCAACUGUUGGGACAGUAAACAAGAAAGUAAUUUGAAUGUCGUAUAUUGACUUCUCCAAAAUUUUCCCCCCUUUUAUUGUAACAGGCUUCUGCUCCGCAUUGCCUUCGAUAACACAGUCCUCAAGGGCAAAACUGUCCUAAUUUGAAAUCCAAGAAUUGCUGCACUCCCUGUUGAGCACGUUUUUCCUAAUUAUUUCCGGCAUGUUCUUUGACGUUCUGGGAUGUAAGUACAACUCUGCUAGUUCUCAGCGUACAAGCCACCAGCCGAUAUCUACCACUGCCCAGUUUCUAAAUCUGCAACGUUAUCGGACUGUUGGGUUUUCCCUGCUGUCUCAGGAGGAGCCAUAGUUCUUUGGCCAUCUCCAUUACCAGUGAGGCCUCUCGGGGGAUUGCGGCGUCUCUUUUGGCCACAGCAAGCUCUAUACUACAGGAAGAACCCCUACGCCAUGGAUUUUCAGCACGGCAUACGUGGUGUGGGACCUUUAUAGGCAAAAGGGGAAAAAAAGACCAUUUAUAGUUAAGUGAGCCAACUGCAGGGAGUCCUAUUCCUCUCAAAACAUCUCACAGAUCUCUGCCGGUGUAUCCCUGAUAAUCUGCUUGUUUGGCUUUGAUCCUUAGCCAUUCCCCUACCCCGCUUCCUAUAGUACUGGUUGUCUUCUGAGAAAUACAGGUUAUUAAACACAAAUAAACAAAUACAUAAUGUGGGAUAGGCAUUGAGCUAAUGGUAAAUGAUUAGUAAUAAUAACAAUUAGAUAGCUUUUUCUAAAGCGUGAUAUAUUUACUACCAAGCUAUAAGCAACUAAAUACAUUGACCUGGAAUUUGCAGUAUUUCCAGCAAAACAAAACAUGUUCAAGUGAGAAAUUCUGCUACACCCUCAGAAUGUAAUUAACAUACGAUUUUUCAGGCUGUAUUUAAUCUAUAAAUAUGAAAUCUGCAUCUGGGAAACAGCAUGCUCAUUUGCAUGUGAUAACAAUACCAGAAGCACAAACAACCCUUCUGCAAUAUAUGCAUUAAGAAAAAAAAAAGGAAAACAACCAAAACAGCGGUGAGAUCAGCCCUCAGGAGCGUUUUACAGUCAUCAAACGAGGCAGCGUUCAUCAAUCAAGGGCAUUCAGCUUUGAUAUCAUUUAUCACAUGGGCUUGUGUUCUGCAACAUGAAGCCUGUCUAUUAAGGCUAAAAGGUUGGAGCAACAACUGGUAGGGAAUCUCUUCAUAAUAAAUUGCUAUUGAAUUUAUAUUUUAAAUUUCAUCCAGUCUUAUGUUCCAGGUCCAUAAAUAUUCAAUGAGUCUUGUAAGUCCUUGUAAAGAAAAUAUUAGACCCAUGCAAGCAAUUUUAGGUAUAAUUAUCUUUCAAGCAACUUCACUCAAAUGGUUUUACAUUUAAGACUGAUCCUUUUGUUGUCCUGCAGCCCUAAUUAUAGUAUUUAUCUUCCCCCUUCAAAGCCCCAUUUCUUAUCCUAGCAGCGUUUUAAGCAAGCACACCUCAAUGAGAUACAGAUACAGCUCCAAAAAUAGCACUUGUUCUGUUCGCAGGAAAAACCUGCAUUGUGCAUUUACCCCGCGGCUAAUUCUGUAUUUCAAGACCUUGAAAUGUACUGUUAAUUAAUCCAAUUACAUGCAUUUUAUUUUGCAAUUAAUUCUGCCAUUGAAUCCUCAGGAACUGAAUGAAAGCAGUGGACCUAUACAAUGGGUACUACUAUGCUGUUUCCUUUCUUGGCACGAGUACUUCAGACACGGAGACAAUUUGGUAGUGUGUGGCAAAACCCGGCUCGAGCCUGUGGUGUGUGGAAUGAGAGCUUCCUGAAUUAGGAUUUUAUUUUAAUUAGCCCUACAGCAUACAUACUCCAAUUUUUAGAGUUAGUUUCUACAUUCCUGUUAGAGACUUAACCAGUGUAUGCCCUAAGAACACUGAUAGUGAGUUACGUCUUCCCAUUUUUGUCUGCUCACAGGCAAAACCUUACUGUUGGCUUAAGCCAGUGAGGAUUUGCCAGCUCCCACCUCCGCAGUCUUGGCUCUGCUGUUCUCCCCGGGGAGCGGAGCCCACACUGCACUGCCCUCCGCUCCUCCCGCCGGAGACAGCGUCAAUGGGCAACUGCUCCUACCCCUCACGUGGGUCUGGGUAGGAAGAAAGGGGGGGGGUCUUCGCUUCCUCGAGCGAGCACAGAAUUCGUCAGAUUCCUGUCCUUUGCCAAUAGCGCGAUCACCAGCUGGCGCUGAACCCCGGCCUUUGGAAAACGGAUUGUACUGAUCUGAACUAGCUUAUCUUACCAAGAACCAGAGCGCCUUACAGGUGGACGGUGCAACGUGCACGGAGGAAAAGAAUGUGGUCUGAUAGAACUGGGGAAAGGAUUUGUAUAUAUAUCUCUAAGGAUUUAAAGAAAACAAAAGUUCAGUUUUUCUCUUUGGAUUCAUCACAGCUCAUUUUACAAAUAUUUAGAGUAUUUUAGACUUCAGAAAUCAUGAAUGAAACAAAAAGCAGCAGCGGAAGGAUCCAGCGUAUGACUAUAUAUAUCUGAAGGGACUUAGCUCCAAAAAUAAUUAAAGUGACAUGGCAUUUAGAGCAUUAACAUUUGAAAUUCAGCUUUUGCACAGUUGACUGUUGCAGUCGUUAUCAGGGAUGCCAAGGUUUGCAGGACUCCUGUGUGUUCAGCCGUGGUAGCUUGGCUGAGCCAACAGCUUAAUUCAGAGCCCUCUGGGAUGCCACUUUGGGAUUCAGAGCCCCUUGGGAUGCGAUUUGCAGUCUGAUGCUGACCAUUGUGAUUUCAAGUUCUAACAGAACCUCAAACAGAGCCUCAAACCUCUAACAGAGCCCCAAAUUAGCAAAAGGUAGUUGCUUGGUGAUCUCAGGGAAAUUAGUUUUGAUGGUUUGCUUUUAACUUCCUUGACGUAUCAGAACUUAAAGACUGUUGUCGAAAGAAAAUGUUAAAUUGUAUAUCGAAAGGUUUAAAAGUAUUUGUGGUCCUUCAGCAGAUCGGUGACCGUCAACUCAGCCUGAGUGUUAAGCAAUCCAAACAGCUGCAAAUGCUACCUGUAUGUUUAAUGAAUGCACAAGUACAUCAGACUUCUUUUUUUCAGCAUAUUUUCUCCUGUCUAUUGGGCUCAUAACCCGUUCUGUCCCUUUUUCUCCUCUCAGUCUUUUUAAUCUUUUGGUCAAGAACCAUUCCAUGUGAAAAUAAAGAAACAGUUUUGUCAAAGGCUUGUCAGAGGAGAUGGGUGCUUCCAUGUGGAAAUCAAUCAUUUAAUGGCUCAGUGGGAUCUGAGCAUUUUUUUUCAUUAAGUUGUCCAAAGUAAUUUCAUCACUCCAGAAUUUAUUUCACUUCCACCCUCCUCUGGCUGGUUGGUCCAAGCCCAGUUGCUUUAAUGUUUGAAGCUUAAAUCCCGUGUAAGAGCAGGUCUCUGUAGCCUGAGCUGCAACUGCCUGGCAUCUCCUGGCGCACGUCCCACUAUUCCGAGAUGCCGUGGGUACCUGGGGUUCUGCCUGACAUAGCCAGAGGAAAGGCUACAUCUUCCAAAGUCUUAACUGCAUUUAGAAUUUUAGCGUAAAGGAUCUACUAUCAAAAAAAAGAUUUACGGUCACCAAUAUAAGACCAAACUAAGAUAAACCCAGGAUUUCUAAUUUUUUUAAAAAACAAUCUAAAUUUUCUAAAAGGGUGAAUAAUUUUUAUGUGCAAUUUAAUCCUCUUUAAAUGAACCAUAUUUUCAUCAAGUGACUUUUUCCAUGUCAUUCCUAUGACAUCUAAUUUUAGGUAUUAAAUAUUGAGGGCACUUGAAAUCACUCAUCUUUCCAAAAACGUAGGCUAGCAUUUGUUUUGUCCAAUGCCUGAAAAAUUAUUCUAGAAAUUCAUUUCCCCUAGAGCAUUACCAUUAAGCUAAUUUGAAACAUUUGUCUAAAAUUAAACAAUACAUUUUAAUAAGAACAGCAGAGAACAUCUGGUUACUGAGAAAUCGUAGUUGUGGACACCUGACCUGAAAAAGCAUUUCAAACACCCCUACAGCACCCUUUAACCCUUCCGACUCCAGAAGCAAGUCGCAGCACCUCUUUUAUGGUAUUUUAGUAUGCGUCUUACAUUGCAACUUCCAUUCUCGUGUACUUCAGCCCAAAUCUCCGUAAGACAGAAGUCCAGCUAUAACUAUAACCUUGCUAGAUAGAGGUCACUUAUUCCAUUUGUCUGAUUCAAUCAAGUUACAUCAGGCAUUGAAAGCAAAUGCCCCUGUACUGCUUCAAAAAUUAAUCCCCGCCGUUGAAAAGUUGUGCUGUUAUUUUAGUGGCUUUAAUGAAGUGAAAUGAGUUACAGAAUCUUUAAUUUAACUUGAGCAAUAUAUCAAAAUCUUAUAUGCUUGAGCAUGGCCUUUGCCGUCUCUUACAGCCUCCUAGCUUCUUUCCUAACAUUUCUUUUUCUUUUAAAAAUACGUUUAAGCAAGAAGUCUCUUGAAACCACAUUAAAAAAAAUUAUAUAAAUUCCUGCUUAGCGCGUGCGAGUGUCGGCACCUGGCAUCGCCCCAGCGGUGCGUGCCUGGUGACUGCAAUCACCGGGUGCUUUCCAGCGGCGGCGCUGAGCCGCGCUCGCACUCGGGCCCAGGGCUUUCGAGGCGGGAGGAGGCAGGGAGCUUGCCGUACGGCUUUUAGCACAACGCUAGAAAUAAUAAUUACUAUUGGCAGAACUACUGCCUCUACAAUCCCUGUUUGCAUUCCUGGUACAAUCCAGCAACAACAACAGUUAUUUGAAGAGCAAGGUGAGGCUGUAAAGGUACCGGGCUCCAAUGAAGCAGUAAUGCUCUCAAGUAUUGGUGCAACCUAUUGGCACUUCGGUCCCUGUUUAGAAGCCGACUGCCGAAAUCAGAGAGCCGGAGUGUGACACCGUCGUGGCGUUACCUCUCGCUCCUCGAACAGCGUCAGCAGCUGUUGGAUUGCAAGGUGCUGUCUGACGCGAACAGGGGCAUUAAAGGCUGGCUCACACUUUGUAAUGUGGUUUAAAAUAAAUUUGUCUCAGCCAAGUAUUAGUGACACUAUAGCUAUUUACAGACUGCGCUGCAAGUCAGGCAAAAAAGUUGCAUCUUUUUCUAUAUGAAAGUAUAGCAAAGUAAGAGGCAAUGGGAAACUAACACCCAUUUUCUGGAAUAGGAGAAUAUUAGUAUUACAUGUUCUGAAUAUUCAUCAUCUUUUAAUAACAUUUCACUCUCUUUUUGAUCUCAGUAUGACCCUAGUAAUGAUUCUGUUCUGAACAGUUUUGAAGUCUUUCACAAAGCCUGUAGCUCGUCUUCGGUUUUGUAUUUCCUGUUUCUUACCGAUUACGUCUCUUACUGCUGUAGCCUUGGGAAAUGCUGCAAGGUGUCCCUGGAGCAUUAUGCAGCUAGUUACCUAGUGCUUCUUCCAUCCUUUUUAGUUACUUUUCUGUCGCUUAAUGAGAUCACUUUUCUAUCCCCUCCACUCUUAAAACAUUUGUUCCUGCAUGUCGCUUGUUUCAAUAAAACAUCAGGAUGUGUUUAAGCUUGCACGGGGGGAGUCUCACAGCCGUCAUUGUUAAGGUACGAUUGUUCCACACCAAAGCUGCUUCUGUCCUUUUAUCCCGCUGCUUGCCAGGCUCAGAUUUUGCCGACAGGCAGCUCGGCAGCAGGACUGUCACCUCACCGGCCGGGAUGUGGGAUGCCCUUUGCAGCUGUAGCCCAGAGCACGGGGCACUUUGUACUGCUGAGAAGCGGGAGCUGUAGCCGUGGCACACAGGGAAAACGAUAAAUGAAAUGGGAAAGUCAGCCAAAGCAGAAAUAAAAGAAGAGGUGUAUCCUCAGAGCUUCUCUCUCCUAAGCAGGGGAAGCUUUGAAGGAUUAUUACUGCUGUCUUUCAAGAAGUUUGCAUUUGUUUUGAGGAUAAGGAGAAGACCAAUUUGUAGAACUAUAAUUAAUUCCCUUCUCCAGCAGGUGAGACUGCAAACCAAGGACUUUUUUUUUUUUUUUUCCCUUAAAAGAGAGGUGUCUUUUAGACUCUCUGUUCUGUGAGGCCGGGAUCUCCUGAUGACCGAUGGCUGCAGAUGCCUCUGCAGGCCCCUGCAGGAGCUCCGGCUUGCUAAUACUGGUGUAGCGCUUGCUUGAGUUUUGCCAGUGCAAUGCAAUAUUGUUCUAAAUGUCACAUCAGGGGACAACGGAGCAGAUGAGGGGACUGAACUAUUGUGUGGAAGGGAACAUAUCACACAGCAAGUCAUUCACUGGAUUAGAAUAAAUCCUCUGGUCCUGGACUGUGAUCUCCCUGCAGCCCAGUGAACCAGUGCUGGGAUUUUUGUUGGGGCCGAAUGCAAAUGCUUGUUCAUAAGGACCAGGCUGAGACUGCCGAGCCCAACUGCUUUCAUGCCAGAGAAACAAAGCUUCAUCAUCCAGCUGAUGGCACUGUAAGAUCCCAGCUUCAUCAGGCUUUGAAUGGAAGGACCAAUUUAAGAGACUCAGUCUCUGUUAUCACUACUCUCCUACCUCAUGAUGCAAACACCUGUAAAGUUAAAUCCCAUUUUUAAAUAGCAAAAAACUGAUACUCCGGUCCGUAGCUUUGAGCAGCAGUCAUUAAUUCUCAUGGAUGGCUCCUACUUAUGUGUCGUUUAAUGUCUCCAGUCCCAGCCCCAGGGAGUUAAUUGAACCAGUAGAUUAAAAGCCAUGUAACGGAGAUGUGCUGAGGUUCAGCUGGCACCUGUAGUCGACAGGCAGUGCAGAGGAAAAUGGGAAGAUUUCAUGAAACACCUCCAAAGAGGGCAAAUUCCUGAAUAUGAACUUUGGAGGCAAAGAACAGCUGAGGGUGACGCGCCUGAGCCAGUCUGGCAAGAAUGGGCAGUGGCAGAUUACAAUUUGUGCCAGUGAUGGACACACACAGCAGCUCAGCUGGAGAGCAGGAGAGGGAACAUGCGCUUACCCUGCCUGCAAACAAACAAGCGGAUGCAAUCUUGGACCCGUGGAAGAGAAAUGAAGCCUCAGCAGGGGAAUUUCUGCAUGAAGACAAAUAGUCAGGAACUGAUUUCCUCCAAACUACUUUAUGCCAGCCUUACCCAGAGACGGCCAGAUUAUUUUUUUGAGACUAAAAGAAAGCACCAUGGUCAUCUAACUUAAACUCCUGGAGAGCAGAGACCUGACUUCCUACGUCCAGCCUGGUGGCAGCACCUGAACCAGAACAUUGCUUCCAGAAAAACAUCUAAAACCACCAGCAAUAAACCUGUUGCAAUCCUUGGUGACUUGUUCCCUCACCAUUAGAAACUUGCUUCUGCUCUGCCUUUGUACAGCUACAGCGUCACACCCUGACGGUCUUGUCUUUGCCUGUGGAUUUAAGAGUCUGUUCAAAUUUAUGUUCACCACGUAAGUACUUACGGGUUGCGAUCAAAGCACCACAUAAGCUCACUUUGAUACACAGCAGGGCCUGCGCUCUGACUCUCUAUGAGAUGUUUUCCAGUCUUUUAAUCAUUCCCCUCUCCAAAUCCUCUCCAGUUCCUGAGCCAGCGUGGUUGGGAGGCAAUGGCUGGAGCAAAGAGGAAGAUAAGUCCUACACUUCUGAAAAUGUUUCACUUUAACUCCUUUUUGCUGGCCAAUACCUGCUAGAGGCUGAAAAUUCAGCACAGCCAGGCAGACCGGACGGGUCUGUGGAGGACAUCGACGUUAGUAGCUGUUCAAGGACCGGACACCCGCUCCGCCUCUGCCUCCCGAUCUCCAGCCCCAGUAACAGAGGGGGCCGUUACCCAGUUCCUCACUCCAUGCAUGUUCAUGAGCUCCACUUCCCAGGCAGCUGCUUGGGACCGAGCUCUCCCUCCAGUUCAUCAGUGCCUGGCUGCUCACCUGAACAUUGCAGCUCCAAAACCAAGAGGGGAAUGAGCUCCCUGAUGGGUUUUAAGAUGACAAAACCUGUCUGUCUGUGACGGAGACUCACAGCCCUGCUCUGCACCUUUAGAAGCAGGACCUGCAGCAGAGGUAGCGCACGGGGCUGCUGCCAGAGGCCUUUUAAGCCUGUUUAACAACCUGAACUCUUUGCUAGAAUACAUCUGAUGCCAACUUGACUAAAACCAAACUUACCAAAAGGACAUGGUAAUAAAAGCUACUUUUGAUCGUGGACGUCAGCACAGAGUUAGAGGACGCUACUAACAGUGAUGAAUGCUACAGCUUCAGAGGUAACAAAGGACUAAACCAGCUGUUAAAAAAAAGAAGACAGACUUAGUGAAAUGGUGUUUGCUGGGCAAGAGACCAGUUGAAAGUGUUGCACUUUGCUGUAAUAAUAGA